AUGAAUUUAGUCGACUACGAACUUUCCAGCGAUGAUGAACGCGGUGAGGCACCCCCAAAAAGGGAAGUUGAGCAUGAAAAUUUAGCGCAAGGGGGGAAUAAAUGCACAGAGAAAAAAAAGAAUAGAGAAAAGGGAAGAGAUAAUAAGGCUAAUAAGAAUGAAAAUGACGAUCUGGAUGAAAAUGAAACCGAUAAUGGGUGUUUAAAAAAAAAAACGCACAUUCAUCUAGGGCAGAAAUGGAAUGCAGAUAGAGAAGUCAUAUCCAUGGAGAAUAAAACGCUGGACGCACACGAAAUGUGUAAGGAUGUGAUUGCAGGGGGAAAGAAGGAACCGAGUGGAGCACCUUUAUUGAGUAAAUUAAAUGGCGAUGAAAAGAAUUCACAUUAUGAUGGUUGUCGUGACGAUAACCAUAACUGUAAUGAUGGUCGAGAUACUGAGGUAAGGCCAGUUGAGCAAGACAAGAAAGAACAAAACAAACAGAGGAACGUACCACUAGUGGGUGAGCAGACAGACUAUCCAAUUGCAAAGGGAGCGAACCUCCUAGAAAGUAACAACCUUAUCAAUAUCAGCGUAAACGAAAACAAUUUUGAUGAACUAUUUUUCCUGCCUCCAAAUGAAUACUCAGAUUGUCUCAACCAGAAAAUAGAGGAAUUGUCAAAAUUGUAUAAAAUAAAUUUAACAAUUAAUAAAAAUAUAAUUAAUUCGAAUGAAUAUAAAAAUCCUUGCAUUUUGCAAAAAAUUAUGGAGAUUUUUCAAAUUGAUGUGUAUUCAUCUAAUUAUCCUUUGAAUAUAUACAACCCUGAUGAUUUUUUAUCCAUUGAUUUGUUUAACGAAAAAGGAGAGGAAACGGAUCAGAAGAAACCCAAGACAAAAUGGUCUAACCAUUGA